GGUGUACGGGCGGUGCGUGAUUUAAUAAGUAAAAUAAGAAAGAUAUUGUGAAAAAGCUAUAAACUCAUUGAACUGAAGUCCAAAACUAACAAAUAUACUAUAACUUGCGCAAACAGAUGAGUUUUUGUCAAAAAAUGGCGGAUCACAAAGAAAAACGCAUACUCGAUACACUCGAAGGCAUUGGCAUGUCUUUUGAACAAGUCACAUUCGAUACUGAGGGAAAUUGCUUACCACCAGCUUAUAUGCCGACCACCAUACCAAACGAGAGGGAACAUACAAAUGAGCCAUCAGCGGAAGACCCGCUAAGGCCAGAGGCAAAACCUAAAGUACGUAGAAGUAUUUUGACCUUAGAAUUGCCGGUAUUUCUGAUAUUUCUCUCGCUUCUGUUAUCGGGUCCAAUUAUGGUGAAUCAAGAACUAUAUCAAACUUGUGUCGCCGUCUAUCACUACAAUGAGACAGACUGUGAAUCACUGCGCGGUAUUAUACCCAAAACUCAGGAGGCAAAGGUUUUAUAUAUGCAUAUGCAAAGCAUCUCGAUUACAUAAAUUCUAUCGAAUGACUUAAACUUGAAUUGCGUCGGGCUAACAUCUUAUCUUGCUUGUAUACCAAAUGUUUUGAAUCCAUUGUCGAUUAGAUGGCGCUCAGAUAUCAAAUCACUUGUCUGUGACUGCGGCCUUCAAUUGUUAUUAAAACGUUCUUAUCAGCAAAUAUACUUGUAUUGUAAAAAUUUAUUUCUUUUGUUCGCUUAUCUACUCCACCUAUUAUAAUAUGACUUUUUUGUGAUAAUACAGAUGAACAGAGACUUAAGUAAGGGGGCGUAGAGAGGUUUUAACCCUUCAAUAAAUUUGUAUUAUUG